AUGGCAACACCAUGCACUGCGUCGGCCAAGAUGACUUUUCCGGUGCUUCUACGCAGCGUCUUCCGCUCUGAAUUCCCUCGCUCCCUGCGCACCCCUCCCGCGCACUAUUUUACUCGCCCUCUACGAACCUUCCAACAGCCACGACUAUUCAGCUCAACGCCGCAAUUUUGCCAAGCUGAGGCCGAGCACGCAUCACCUCUGCCAGCCGAUGCUUCUUUAUCCAAAAGCACAGGAGACAUUGACCCGAGUGCCUCAACGAAAGUCACAUCCCCGAGCGCAUCGGGCCAACCAAACACCAAGCGCGACUCCAGGAAAAAGAAAAAAGAUGGCAAAAAUAUUGGCAAGGAUGGAAAAUUCGACAGACCGAAGAAGUUCACCACUGAUAAGAAGAAACUCGAGCAUUGGCAAAUACAAAAGGACGCGCUGGACGAGAAAUUCCCUGCCGGCUGGAACCCGCCCAAGAAGCUUUCUCCCGAUGCACUCGACGGCAUCCGUCACCUGCAUGCCACUGCGCCUGAUCGUUUCACAACCGCUGUUCUAGCGGAAGAGUUCAAAACCUCUCCGGAGGCCAUCCGCCGCAUCCUGAAGAGCAAGUGGAGACCGUCCGAGGAUGAGGUGGAGAGUCGACGCAAGCGAUGGGAGAAACGACAUGAAAGAAUAUGGAGCCAGAUGAGCGAGCUAGGUCUUCGCCCGUCGACCAAAGCUUCUCGGCCCGUGGGCGAUGCCAACAGGUUGUUGUAUAGAGACCAGAAGAAAUAG